GGGUAAGGAGGGCCUGCGUUCGGGCGCGUCUGUGACGGGGUUGGGAACUUCCUCUUCUACUCCCUCCGGCUUUCCGGACCCCUGAGGACUGGAGUGAGAGAAGCCUCUAGAACUGUGUAUUUCCUUGUCUUUCCUCCUGCCGCCGCAGGCCUUCCUCCGACAGUCUAAGUGUCGCUCUCCCCAGACCUUCUCGUCCGGACCGCUCCUGCCUCCCCCGCCCCAACUGGGGAAUCCUGAGGCUGUGUCCCCAGUCCCUCUGUUGUCGCCUCGUUUGUCUGAGAUCCCUUCCCUGACCUUUAGGUAGCGCAGGAACGAUUAUUAGCUUUUAGUGUAGCAGCAGUUUAGGGCUAGCUCUCUAGGUCGGGCCCCCAACUCAAGCACAAAGAACCACGGGUGUUUUGACACUUGUUCCGGGGAUUCUUUCUGACACCCCUUUGCUGAAGCAGUUUCCACAUGUUCCCAGCAGUGAAUUCAAAGCCAGCAAACAUAGGUCCGCUUUAGUUCCUCUGGGCAUUUCUACCGUUUCCUAAUAAUCUGCUUUUUUUUUUUUUGAGACAGUCUCGCCCCUUCUCCUAGGCUGGAAUGCAGUGGUGCGAUCACAACUCACUGCAGCCUCGACUUCUCAGGCUCUAGCGAUCCUCUCACCUCAGCCUCCCAAGUAGCCGGAAGUACAGGCUUGCCCCAUCACAGCCAGCUAACGUUAAAAAAAUUUUUUUUGCGGGUGUGGGGGGGCUCGCUGUGUUGCCCAGGCUGGUCUUCAACUCUAGGACUCAAGUGAUCCUCCCGCCAGGGCAUCCCAAAGUGCUGGGGUUACAGGUGUGAGCCACCUUGCCCAGUCAACAAUCUGCUUUUCAAGUUUGGGGCACGUGAGGCAUGCAACGUCACAGAAUUGUGCUCUUUUCCUUUGGAAAUAUGGUCACUCCACAUGCCACCUUUUGGGAUGACGUUCCUACUCCACUGACAGUGGGAUGGUAUCAGCAGUUACUGAGAAGCAUGGGUAGUAACAGAUUAUGGGCAACAGUCCUUUUAAUUAAUCUACCAUCAUCAUGGCUAAUGAGGACUGUCCCAAGGCUGCUGAUAGUCCUUUUUCAUCAGAUAAACAUGCCCAACUCAUCUUGGCCCAAAUCAAUAAGAUGAGAAAUGGACAGCAUUUCUGUGAUGUGCAGCUGCAAGUUGGACAGGAAAGUUUUAAAGCUCAUCGGCUGGUUUUGGCUGCCAGCAGUCCUUACUUUGCAGCUUUGUUCACUGGAGGAAUGAAAGAGUCCUCAAAAGAUGUUGUACCGAUUCUAGGAAUUGAAGCAGGAAUCUUUCAGAUACUUCUAGAUUUCAUUUACACAGGUAUAGUGAACAUAGGUGUAAAUAAUGUCCAGGAGUUGAUUAUUGCAGCAGACAUGCUACAGUUGACUGAAGUUGUUCAUCUUUGCUGUGAAUUUCUGAAAGGACAAAUUGAUCCACUGAACUGCAUUGGAAUUUUUCAGUUCUCUGAGCAAAUUGCCUGCCAUGAUCUCUUGGAAUUCUCAGAAAACUACAUUCAUGUCCAUUUCUUGGAGGUUCAUAGUGGAGAAGAGUUCCUGGCACUUACGAAAGAUCAGCUGAUCAAAAUUUUGCGAAGUGAAGAGCUUAGCAUUGAGGAUGAAUACCAGGUCUUCUUAGCUGCAAUGCAAUGGAUUCUGAAAGAUUUGGGAAAAAGAAGAAAACAUGUGGUGGAAGUGCUAGACCCAAUUCGAUUCCCUUUAUUACCUCCUCAGAGACUUUUAAAGUAUAUAGAAGGAGUAUCCGAUUUUAAUCUUCGUGUUGCAUUGCAAACACUUCUGAAAGAGUACUGUGAAGUAUGCAAAUCUCCCAAAGAGAACAAGUUUUGUAGUUUUCUGCAGACAUCUAAGGUUCGACCUCGGAAGAAAGCAAGAAAGUACCUGUAUGCAGUAGGUGGAUAUACUCGGUUGCAGGGGGGUCGCUGGAGUGAUAGCAGAGCCCUCAGCUGUGUAGAACGUUUUGACACCUUUAGCCAGUACUGGACCACUGUGUCUUCACUUCAUCAGGCUCGAAGUGGGCUGGGAGUAACAGUUCUGGGAGGGAUGGUCUACGCUAUUGGAGGUGAAAAGGAUUCAAUGAUUUUUGACUGUACUGAAUGCUAUGAUCCAGUUACUAAACAGUGGACAACUGUAGCUUCGAUGAAUCAUCCCCGCUGCGGCUUAGGAGUGUGUGUGUGUUAUGGGGCUAUCUAUGCUUUGGGUGGAUGGGUUGGAGCUGAGAUAGGGAACACCAUUGAACGAUUUGAUCCUGAUGAAAAUAAAUGGGAAGUAGUUGGUAACAUGGCUGUGUCACGCUACUACUUUGGGUGCUGUGAAAUGCAAGGUUUAAUUUAUGUAAUUGGGGGCAUCAGCAAUGAAGGAAUAGAACUUCGUUCUUUUGAAGUCUAUGAUCCACUUUCUAAGCGUUGGUCUCCACUUCCUCCAAUGGGAACCAGGAGAGCAUAUCUUGGUGUGGCUGCACUCAAUGACUGCAUCUAUUCUGUUGGAGGAUGGAAUGAGACCCAAGAUGCUCUUCAUACUGUAGAAAAAUAUUCCUUUGAAGAGGAAAAGUGGGUUGAAGUUGCCUCAAUGAAAGUGCCUAGAGCAGGCAUGUGUGUUGUGGCAGUCAAUGGUCUUCUGUAUGUUUCUGGAGGUCGAUCUUCCAGCCAUGAUUUUUUGGCUCCAGGUACCUUGGACUCAGUUGAAGUUUAUAACCCUCAUUCAGAUACAUGGACAGAAAUUGGUAACAUGAUCACCAGUCGUUGUGAAGGGGGCGUUGCUGUGCUAUGAAAUAUAAAGCAUAACAGAGCACAAGGAACAUUUUGAAAAUGCAGGACCUGACCUUUUGCAAAGCAAACAUAGAUUUGGUGAUAAGACCCUCUGAUUCUAUGAGUUUUCCAUGUAUUUGGUAGAUAAAUGACUAACGAGGCUGGGCGCAGUGGCCUCAUGCCUAUAAUCCCAGCACUUUGGAAGGCUGAGGCAGAAGGAUCACUUGAGCCCAGGAAUUUGAGGUUGUAGUAAGCUACGAUCAUGCCACUGCACUCCACUCUGGGCAACAGAAUGAGAUCCUGUCUCUUAAAGAAAAAAAAUAAACUCAAGAAUGAUUUUUCUAAAAAUAUGAGUGAGAAUGGAUAUGGAAUAUAUCCCAAUUAAUAAAGAGCUCACACAGAUUUGCCAGGUUUACUAAUAAUAGAAAUGCCAUUUAUGCUGUAGAAUUCUCCAGUUUAAGUGUAGACAACUCCCAUUUUACAAAUUUGUAGAAAUUAUUUACUAGAAGCUUCCUGGCAAAUAGUCCCUUUAGCUACUUCUCCAGUGCAGUAUAAAUUGUAACAUAAAACUUUAUGUGAUAUAGGAAUAGUGUCAAUGACACAGUUUAAAGACCUCUAUAUUCACAAUUAUAUCCAGAGCAUAAUUUCCCAUGGCCAUAGUUUGAGCCACAGAGAAAGCCAAUGAAAUAGAUUCCUACUUUUAUUUAAUGCCAAGAGUUUUCACUAGCCCCAAACUUUUUAUUGGCAGCAGAUAUCCUAGGAGGGUGUUUGGGAAAUAUCUAGCUAUUUUAAUAGAUAGAUACCUUUUUGCUUGAUGAUAAGUUUUUGCUUGCUCAUAUUUUUUGUCUUGAUCCUGAGAAUGCAAGUAAGGAAUUAAUAGGAGGUUCUUAGUGACCAGAUGUUGUAAUGGGCUAUACAGUCCAGCAGGCAGUAUGCACCUAGAAAUUUCUCCCUUUUUUAGGCUGGGCAUGGUGGCUCACACCUGUAAUCCCAGCACUUUGAGAGGCCGAGGUGAGACGGGAAGAUGGCUUGAACUCAGGAGUUCGAGACUAGCCUGGGCAACAUGAUGAGACUCCGUCUCUACCAAAAAAAAUAUAAAAAUUAGCCGGGCGUUGUGGCUUGUACCUGUGGUCCCAUCUGCUUGGGAGGCUGAGGUUGCAGGAUCACUUGAGCCCAGGAGGUCAAGGCUGCAGUGAGCCAAGAUUGUGCCACUGCACACCGGCCUGGGUGACAGCAUGAGAACCUGUCUCAAAAAAAAAAAAAAAAAGAAAAAAAAAUUCUUCCUUUUUUGCUAGAUUGUUGUCACCAAAAUUAUCUGUUUGGCUUUAGGAAGAGGGAAUUUUAUUAGAUUAUCAAGCUUUGUAAAAUUUAUUUGUACUUGGGCAAACCUAAGUAAGAGCAUACUGCAAAGCUACUGCUUGGAUGUAGAGGGCUAAAUUGUAGGUACUUCUGAAACUUUUUAUAGAUACUGACUCAUAAGUGUAAUUUGAAAGUACCCCUUGACCCAAACAAAACUGCUUCUCAAAACUUCUCAUUUUCUCCCUGAGAAGCAUUCUAAAGAAUUGUUCUCUGUUCAUUUCUAAGAGAAAGAUUUACUGGGUGUAUGAUGCGGUUACUUUUAAGUUAUUUCUACUGGCCAGUUGGAGCAAUAUAUAUUAAAGGUCUUGCAUACAGUAAAAAAAA